AUGCCUAACAUGCGUUUCCUAUCACUGGUCGUGUUCGAACUCUGCGUGCUUCUGUGGACCAAUUCUGGAUCCUUGGCUGCAGGGAUUCGCCCCAGGCAGAUCAAGAACCUUGUGACCUUCGGAGACAGCUUCACCAGCGUGGAUUGGUCUGCAAACGGAGGGACGCCAUGGCCAGUCUAUACAGCAGGGUACACUGGAGUGCAAUUGUUACCAUUUGCAAAGGCCGGAGCGACAUGCUCCAACGAACUCACCUAUCGACCUUUCCCGCCACUCACCGAAAGCCAGGUUCCUCUCUUCCUGGAGCAGAAAGCAAACGGAACGUUCAAGCUACCGCCACACGAAACGAUCUACACGCUUUGGAUUGGGACCAAUGACGUUGGUGCGAAUGCCUUGCUGACAGGAAGCAGCGAGGCUUCAUUGGUGGAUGUAACGAACUGCAUGGUGGAUUGGGUUGAAGUUCUCUACGAGAAUGGCGCCAGAAACUUCAUAUUCCAAAACAUGGUUCCAUUGGAGACUAUCCCACUCUAUGCUCCGAAUUCGUACCCAAACCGCUAUUGGACGGCGGAGCGGAACACGACUGAAUGGAGUGUUUUCAUGAGGGAGCUUGUCCUGUCCGGCAACGAACUCACCAAGAUCAAACUCGAGGCGUUGGCACCCAAGCUGCGCGGUGCGAACAUUGCGCUCUUCGAUGCACAUUCGCUCUUUGCCGACAUGUACAAGAAUCCGUCAAAAUACUUGAAUGGAACUGCGCCGCUGAAUGUCGAUGGUAUGGUGGACAGCUGCGUCUACGAGCUUAACGCCCCACCUGACGCUACCCCUCGAUGCACUAUGGUCGAGGGCACCGACCGCGACAGCUACCUGUGGUACGACGAGCUCCAUCCGAGUGAGCAAGCGAGCAGAGUGGUUGCGAGGCAGAUCGCGGAUGUGAUUCAGGGCAAGAGAAAUCGCUGGACCACUUGGUUGGAUUGA